AGUCUCCGCGAACUACAAAUCGAGGCAUGCUGGGAACAUUCCCCCGCUCCUCCCAGGAAAUGUCCUUUGUCCAGCCCCACAGGAAACCCCAGCGAGGAGGCAGCGGGCUGCUAGCCCGAGUGCCAGCCUGCGGCCACACCGCCGCCGCACCCGGCAGACGCGCGGGCGCCGGGCUCCGGCAUUGCGCUCUGAGCCGCCCGGCGCAUCGCAGCUGGAUGGAACAGAAAGAUAAUCAGGGUGUGAGUGGACACCAGGAUCCUGCAGACAGAGAUAUGGGUUCUGACUUUGACAACUCCGAGGACAGAGAAGGGGACCCAGAAGAAAGAGGAAUGGGCUCCAAUCCACAGGACAUGCAGGAGAGGGGCCACCUGGAGCAGGAGAUGGACUCUGACCCCCAGGAUGACCAUCUAAGAGUGAACUCACAAGAGAGGCAGAUAGUGUCCACUGUGUGUCCAGAAGGUCUUCUGAGUGAGGAAGAAGGGACUGUCCUUCGUGAGGAAGAGGAUGACCAGUCUGGUGUGGCUGACAUGGUACUGUUCCCAGGCCUGUCAGAAUCUGACAGUAUAUCCCGGAGUCCCCGGGGAGAGGAAGAGGAGGAGGAAGAGGAAGAAGAGGAAAGUGCUGGGGAGAACCGGCUGAUGGAGGAGGAAGAGCAGUUACCUCCCCCGGUGCUUCCCUGGAGGCGUCACCUCUCUCUGGGAGGUGCACACCGCGGUGACAAACCCGCCCACCGCCGCUUCCACCGGCUCCAUCACCCCAUGGCCAUGGACCUCGGGGAACUCGACAGCCUGAUGGCCAGCAUCAUGGACGCGCCCACCAUCUGCCCGGACUGCGGGGAGAGCUUCAGCCCGGGCGCUGCCUUCCUGCAGCACCAGCGCAUCCACCGCCUGGCUGAGGCCGCCGCGGUGGCCAGCCUAGAGCCCUUUGGUUUGGCGACCGAGUGCGGAGGGGUGGUGGGGAUGAUGGGCAUGGGCGUGGCCGGCGGCUUUGGGGCGGGGCCCGCGCUGGCCCGCCCCCCUCGCGAAAAGCCCUUCCGCUGCGGGGAGUGCGGCAAAGGCUUCAGCCGCAACACCUACCUGACCAACCACCUGCGGCUGCACACGGGCGAGCGGCCCAACCUGUGCGCGGACUGCGGCAAGAGCUUCAGCUGGCGCGCCGACCUGCUCAAGCACCAGCGCUUGCACACGGGCGAGAAGCCCUACCCGUGCCCGGAGUGCGGCGAAGCUUUCAGCCUCAGCUCGCACUUGCUCAGUCACCGGCGCGCGCACGCGGCGGCCAGCGGGGCGGGCUCGGCGGCGCUGCGGCCUUUCGCGUGCGGGGAGUGCGGCAAGGGGUUCGUGCGCCGCUCGCACCUGGCCAACCACCAGCGCAUCCACACGGGCGAGAAGCCGCACGGCUGCGCCGAGUGCGGCAAGCGUUUCAGCUGGCGCUCGGACCUGGUGAAGCACCAGCGCGUGCACACCGGCGAGAAGCCCUACAUGUGCUCCGAGUGCGGCGAGACCUUCAGCGUGAGCUCGCACCUCUUCACGCACAAGCGCACGCACUCGGGCGAGCGGCCCUACGUGUGCCGCGAGUGCGGCAAGGGCUUCGGCCGCAACUCGCACCUCGUCAACCACCUGCGCGUGCACACGGGCGAGAAGCCCUUCCGCUGCGGCCAGUGCGACAAGCGCUUCAGCGACUUCUCCACGCUCACGCAGCACCAGCGUACGCACACGGGCGAGAAGCCCUACACGUGCAUCGAGUGCGGCAAGAGCUUCAUCCAGAGCUCCCACCUCAUCCGCCACCGCCGCAUCCACACCGGCAACAAGCCCCACAAGUGCGCGGGCUGCGGCAAGGGCUUCCGCUACAAGACGCACCUUGCACAGCAUCAAAAGUUGCACCUGUGCUAGGGCGGGGGUCCGAAUGAGGCAUCGCUGGAAGUAGACUUGGU